UGCCCAUUCUCAGCUAUGGACUUUUGUUACUUAAGAACAGCACUUGCUGGACUUACCAUACUUCAGACAAUAACAUGACCUUUGCAGAUGCUGAGAAAUGGUGUAAAACCAACUUUACACAUCUUGUUACUAUUCAAAAUAAGGAGGAAAUUGAGUUCUUGAAUGAAAGAUUUCCUGAAAAUCAAGGUCAUUACUGGAUUGGGAUAAGAAAAAUUGGCAAUGAGUGGAGAUGGCUUGGAACAAGUAAGAAACUGACUGAAGAAGCUGAAAACUGGGCUGAAGGUGAACCAAACAACAUAAAGAAUAAUGAAGAUUGUGUGGAAAUGUACAUCAAGCGGAAAGAAGAUGCAGGAAAAUGGAAUGAUGAACCUUGUGACAAGAAGAAAGCAGCUUUGUGCUAUACAGCCUCGUGUGAGCCACACCCCUGCAGUGGUCAUGGCGAAUGUGUAGAGACCAUUAAUAAUUACACCUGCCACUGUGACAGAGGAUUCUAUGGGCGUGACUGUGAACAUGUAAUGACCUGCGACCUCCUGACAGAACCAGCACAUGGUAAAUUAGACUGCAACCAUCCUGUGAAGGAUUUCAGCUACAACUCAUCUUGCCAAGUUCAGUGCACAGAAGGAUACAAAUCAACUGGGAUGGAUCCAGUAUGGUGCACUGAGUUUGGAAACUGGUCUGCACCCAUUCCUGAAUGUAAAGUUGUAGAAUGUGGUACACUGCAGACUCCUGUUGAUGGCUUCCUCAACUGUUCCAGCCCACCUGGACAUUUUGCCUGGAAUUCAUCCUGCGAGUUUGCCUGUAGAGAAGGAUUCCUCUUAAAGGGCUCCAGAAGGCUUCAGUGUGGUGCAUCUGGAGAGUGGGAUAGAGAGAAACCAGAAUGUGAAGCUGUGCACUGUGGAAUUCUGAAGGCCCCUGAGAAUGGCUUCUUGAAUUGUUCAAACUCAGAUGACUAUUUUGCCUACAAUACUAUCUGUGAGGUCAGCUGUAUGGAACGAAGGGUGUUGAAGGGUUUCCAUCUACUCAAGUGCUUGGCUUCAGGAAACUGGACAGCAACGGUUCCCACCUGUGAAGCUCCUCAGGCUGGAUGGGACUUUGUGAGUUAUUUAUCCAUUGGAGCAACAGCCUCCUUUCUGUCAGUAGGAUCAUUCCUUAUCUGGCUCAUAAAGCGGCUUCGAAGAAAAGCAAAAUUUAGUCCUGCCAGUUGCCAGAAUCUUGAUUCAUGAGAUAGUUUCCAAAGCUCCAGUCACCUGAUCUAACUCAAUCGUGUAAGCUACAGAGGGAUUUGAAGCUAUCUUCACCAAUGUAUUUGAAGAAGGAAAAUGAAGAGUGAGCAGAAGUCAGGUC